CGUGUAAUAUUAUGUGCAACAUAAUUUGAAUAGUUCAUUAUUUGAUUAUUAAUAAAGAGAAACAAAGAUAUUGUUGUUUUAAAUGUUAAAAUGGAAACGUCAAUCAUUGCAGCCAAUGUAAUGAAUAUUGCCAAUUGUGUUUUAGAAUUGGUGUCAAAUUCUUUACACGUCAAUGCUACAUCAAUUGCAAUACGAUUUCACAGUGAAGAACGUAAAAUUCAAGUAAUAGAUAAUGGUAUAGGAAUAUCGAAAAUAGAAUUAAAAACAAUUGCAGAAUAUAAUAACAAAAAUUAUUGCAAUUAUCCAAUUAGACAUGGUAUUCAUAACUGGAGAAAGCAGACACUUAUUAACAUUCGUAGAUUGUCUAAUGCAAUGAUAAUAACUUCUAGAUAUUAUAAUUCAUCUAAAACAUAUAUGAAAAUUUUUAAAAUAUAUCACGAAUCAAACAUUGAAAGAACUGAAAGAAGACCUUCUCAGGGUACCACAAUAACUAUUUACGGAUUUCAUGAAUUAUCCUUAAGCAAAUGGAAUAUAGCUUAUAUGUAUUAUUUAAUUGAAAACAUUGCUAUAGCCAAUCCUCAAACUUCAUUCACUAUUAGAGAUGAUAAAAUUAAAAAAGUUACCAUGAUAAUUACUAAGCCACAUAAUCCAAUAAACAUUUUUAAAUCGUUAUAUAAUAAAAAAAUCAUUUUUUAUAAAUUAUGGUUUAUAAGAUCUAAACAAAAAUCUGAUAUCAAAUUCUGUGCAUAUAUUGGAAUAUCAAAUUCUAAUUCUGUUCCUCAACAUAUUUUUAUAAAUAAUAAACUUGUUCAUUGCCCUUUAAUUUUGCAAAUAAUUUCCACUAUUUUUAUCAAUACAUUAAAAUUCUUCAAAAAGGAAAUAGCAGAGAAAGAGGAAAUUUUUAUUCUAUUAUUCAUUAUAUGUACUGAAUAUAUUUUUAUUAUAGAGAAUGGAAAAAGAACUUUAAUGCUUUCCAAUAUAUAUAAUUUAUUACAAAGUAUUAAAAACAAGAUAAUAAAUAUUUUUAUAAAAGAUAUUAAACCUUUAUCUAUUAACGAUUCAAAAUGUAGCAAUAGAGUUAAUAAACAAAAAUCUAAAAACAAUGAAAUACAGCUAAUUACAGAUCAUUUAAUGCAAUUACAUACAUCUGCUUUGCAAAAUAUCAAUAUUAAUACAAAAAGCAUUCAAUUAACACUUUCUGAGUGGUCUAAUUGGUCUAAUUCUAAAAAUUUGAAACAAUGUGAAAAUAAUUCUUUAAGAUUUUAUAAGCAUUUUGAUUUUUUACCAAAAAAAUUACAUAAACUAUUGCGUGGAGAUACAAAAUUAAUACAAACUAAUAUUUUAAAUGCAUAUGAUGAAAAUUUAUACUCAAUUAAAGUAAAAUCUGAAUUGCAAAGUAAGUUAUUCUUUUAAAUUAUUUUUUCAAUUAUAAUAAAUUAAAUUAAAUCUAAUUUAUAAUAUUUAAUUUAUGUUCUAAGUUCCAGAUAUAUUACCUCAUCAAGAAAUUGAUGUGCGUCUAUGUAAAAAUGACCAAUUUCGUGAAUUUAAAAUAAAUAAAAAACUGUUAAAACUUAUUAAAGUAAGUAAGUUGAAAUAAGAAAUAAGAAUUGCAAUAAGAAAUGCAUACAAAUUACAUUAUUUAUUUAUUUUUCAGAUAUUAGGACAGAUGAACAAUGAAUUAAUAAUAGGAUUAAUAAUUCAAAAUAAUAUAAAGAUGCUUUUAUUAAUGGAUCAACAUGCAAUUCAUGAAAGAAUAAGAUAUGAACAGUUACUUCAUGGUAAAAAUUUAUAAUAUAAUUUUACUAUUGUUUAUUUAUGAUAUAAUUUUUAAUAUUUAUAAUAUAAUAUAAUUUCAUAUAAAAGAAAAUAUUAGUAUAAUAUUAAAAUAUAUUAAUUAUAAAAUAUUAAUUUUUAGAAUACAAAUCACAAAUAAGAAACCAAUUAUUUUCUAUCAAAUUAAAAAAUCCUAUAGUUAUACAGCUAUCUGCAAAGAAUUGCAAUUUACUUUUAUCUAAUCAUAAAAUAUUAAAAAGAUUUGGUAUAACUUUUAACAUAUUAGAUAACAAUAAUAUAAUAAUACGAACAGUACCAGAAUGUUUAAAAAAAAGCAAUUAUAGCGAAUUGAAAUUAAAGUUAAAUAUACAAAAUCUUUUAAACGAAUUAAUACAAAAUUCUACAAAAUAUAUAAACUAUCAAAUUAAUGAUUUACCAAUUACUAUACAUAAUGCAGUUGUAAUGAAAGCUUGCCAUGGUAUGCUCUUUUUUUCUUUUAUAUUUAUAUAUAUUUUUAAUUUCAUAAACAAUUUAACAAACAUCAUAUAUAAAAUAUAAAUAGAAAAGUUAAUAGAAUAUAUAUAUAUUUUUUAUUCAUACAUAUUAUUUAAUGUUAACAAAUAUAUUAUCACUAUCUGAGUAUUUUAGGAGCUAUAAAGUUUGGACAUUCACUAACAUUAAAAGAAUGUAAAUGGCUUUUGAAAUUAUUAAAUGAAACGAAAACUCCUACUCAAUGUGCUCACGGACGACCAUCCAUAGUGCCUCUAUUAGAAUUAACGAAUUUAGAAACACGACAGA